GAUAGCUGAGAGACAAAGAGCUGAUGAAAUGGCAUCUAGAAAAGUUAAAGAAGCAGAAAUGAAAAGAGUUAAAGAUUUUGAAUUAGAAAGAUUCAAAAAUGAUAGGAUAAAAAUAGUUAAAGAAGUUGAAACAAAAAAACAUAAGGAAGCCGAAUUACGAAAAAAUAUUGCUGUUGAAGAAACAGAAAUAAAAGGAUUGGAUAAGAGAUCUACUUUGAAGAAACUGAAAGAACCAGGAAGUAAUCGAUCAUUUGGGCAUCCAGAGGUCAAUUUGGUAAAGAAUUAUGGAGUUGUUCCUCCUGUUCAUUUUAAGAAAAACAAUGAGCAUUUAGAAAAUGAUACAAAUAUAGAACAAGAAUUGAUUGAAAGUAGAAAAGCGCCUAUAAAUGAUGAUUUUGAAACAUUUAAUCUAAGAGAACGAGGAAUAAAGAAGUGUAUGGGAUCUGAAGGAAAAACCUCUAAAGAAAUAGAAACAAAUUCAACUGAAGUUAAGAUGAUCACUAGGACCAGGGGACUAAAGGUUGAAGAAAAGCUUAAAGAACCAUAUGUUUCUAAAAAUGUGUCUACUAAACUACGACCACAAAUAAAAUCUUCCGGAUCCUCGUCAUCUAGUGCAAGUCCAACUAGUCUCGAGAAUCCAUCAAUUCCUAGUUAUGAGUAUAAAAAACAAACUAGGAAUACAGAUGAUAAUAGUAAAAGGAACACCGCUUCAAACACAUUAUAUGAUAAUAAGAACAAUACAGAUAUAAACAUUGACCCUAGUGUCAUUGUGAGAAAAGAAAAUUUGAAUCGUGAAGUUAUUGGUAUUCCAAGAACUCGUACUCGUUCAUCCUCAUUUAAGCAAAAAAUAAUUUCGGAAACUACAUCUUCAAAGCAAGACCAAGAUAAUGGUGCAGCAAUCAUUCCAAAAGAAACUGUAGGAACAAAGACUAUUGUGUCAACUUCAACACACCCCGAUCAUCAGACCACAAGUUCAAAAAGCCCCCCCAAAACUACUUUCAACAAAAAUAUGAUUAAUGAUAAUAAUUGUGGUAAAACAUUGUUAGUCCCUGUAGUAAUGUUAUCUACAAGUCAAAUUCCACUUCACAAAGUACAUCAACAAUCAGUUAACAACUUUAUAAAGCAAAAAGAUAUUAAGCCAACACAUGACCAAAUUCAAAAACAAAUUGUUACUACAACCCAGUUGGAUAAGCCGCCUCCUAAGAAACGAGGUCGCAAACGUCGAAUUGACAUUCAAAAUGAAAAACAAGAGUCUUAUAGCAGAAAUAAAACAUCUCAAAAUGUGGCAAAAAGUAACACAUCAAUAAAAAAGAUAGAACCACCAGCUAAACGAACCAGAAGGAGUCUUGGUCUACGGGGUUGUAAAAAUGAUGCCACCAACAAUUACGCUCAGCCACAUUCAACCACAGUUGAGCCACGUCAAUAUAAAAAACAAUUUGUAGAAAAGUCUAAUGAAAAUAAUGAAACAAGCAAGAGGCUUAUGAAAUUUGUUUUUAACAAUUUAUGUGAAAAAAGCAAAUAUAUUUCAACUCUGGACAAGGAAGUUACGGGUAUACCUGCACCAUAUGUUGAUAUUAUAAAAUGUCCAGUUGAAUCACGAGAUAUUAAAAGGAAGAUUGCUGCAGGAGAAAUAACAAACCUCACAGAACUUCAAUUAAAUCUUUUGAUCUUAUCAUAUAAUGCUCUAAUGAUCAAUAGCUCUGACUCUAUAAUUUAUAGUGAUGCUAGUAAUUUUCAAUUUGAUCUUCAAAACAAUUGUCUGGAACUUAAAGAUGCUGUUGGUGCACAUUAUGGUAGCAAUAAAGAUGAUACAAUGGAGAUACCUGACUAUAGUAAUAUUGACAUGCGAUUUCCUGAUUUAAAAUACGAUCCCUGUAAUGAUAAUAUAAUUAUUAGCAAAGAAACAAUUGAUGAUAUAUUAAGUAAAUAUACUGAUCAUACUAGCGAUGAGUCCACUGAUUCCGAUGAUGCUAAUAAGCGACCACUUAAAAAGAAAAGAAAAAAAACCCUUUCGGAUUCUUCCAAUUCAGAAAAUGAUUAAGAUAAUUUAAAAAAUUAUCACAUGCCCUUUUUAUAAUAUAUAUACAUUGUUUUAUUAAUAUCUAAAAUUCAUAUUUAUUGUUUUCGUUAAAAAUGAUUAUAUUUAAAGCCAUUUUUUAAAAAAUAAAAUUAUAUAACAUCUAGUUUUAUUUUUAUUUGCUCAAGUCUAAAUUAUUUUCACAUGAUCAUGCAAUUUAAUCAUUUUCUUCAACACUUUCUUCAGUUUAAUGAAACUCGUAGCAUUUUUUGCUGCUAUAUCUUGAUAGAACUCUCAGUCUUGUAAAUUUUAUGAUGGAGCAAUAGUAAACCGUAAUAAAAAUGUUAACUAAAUAAGUUAAUUUUCAAUGUUGACAAAUAUUCCUAUGAAUCUAACUCAAAUAAAUUAUUGUUCAUAAAAAAAAAAAAAAAGAGCAGUUUAAGUCUCAGAUUUCUGUAUAAAUGUAAUACAGUUUUAAAUAAUAUUUCAAUGUUAUAUAUUUCAACAAUAUAAAUUUGAAUGAUACCUAGGCCAUUGGAAAAUUUGUUUUACUAAUUUAUACCAUGAAUUUUAUACUUAUUAAAACUCAAUUUAUCUACCAAGAGAUUCAUACCAAGAUAAUAAUUAUGUAACACUAAUAAUAUUUCAGAUUUACGGCUUAAUAACUAUUUGAUUAUAUUUGAAAACUUUAAAAAUUGUUUAUACAAACAAAAUAAGAAUCAUCAUCUAUAGAGUAAAUAGUUAAAAUCAUUUUUUUUUAUUGUUAAACGUGUUUAUCGAGUUAAAGUAAUUGAAAUUGUAUGAUUUUUGCAUGUUUGAUUUGAAUGUUUUCAAUGUAAUGAUUUCCUUUAUAUUUUCCUUGAUAAUUUGAUUGGUAUAAUAAUAGUUUAUUGGAGAAUCCAGUAACAGUUUUAUUUUUAUAGACAGUUAAUUGUUUUAUUUAUAAUGACUCGUGUGAAAACAUACUUUGCAGUUGCCACAAAAAUCAAGAUUCAUUUUUGUCAGAAAUAUUUCUCUUGUAUUUCAUUAUAACUUAUAUGUACAAUAUUGUAGGCAUAUUGUGAUGGAUGUUUAUUUAAGAGAAAUAUUAUAUAGGGAUACAAGGUAAUAGAGUGUAAGGUAGUAGUAACUCCGUUAAUUUAAAAUGUAUAAUGUAAUCAUAAUAUUCAAAGAAAUCAUAUUCUUAAAUGUUACUGUAAAUAUUAAAAUACCAAUGGCUUGUAUUGCUAUGUAACAAUCUAUUUAAUAAUAGCUUUUUUUUUUAUUUAUUAGACAACCUAGUCUAUAUCAAUUAUUUAAAAAUACAGUCUUGUAUUAAUAUUUUUUAUAAUGUAAUAAAAUAUGUAUAGUAGC